CAUCAUCCCCGUGAAGAAUGAGGAAGGGGCGGUGAUGAUGUUCAUCCUAAACUUUGACUACGUGCUCGACGAGGGGAGCAGUGACCAGCUGGAGCAGCUGAACCAGCCAUCGCCUGGGCGACGUGAGCUUAGAAAGUCAAGGUUUUUCCGAUUCCGGCUUCCCGCCUUGAGACUUUUGGGCGUCAGCAAGCAGUCGCUUCCUCAGGAGGACCCCGACAGCGUCACGAUCGACUCCCCGAAGCUCAGCGAUGACGUCGACAUCACAAAGGACCUUAAAUCUCCCACCAAGGAGAGCUGCUGCAUUUCCGACCCCGAUGACAGUCGAGCCCUCAUCGCCUCGGGACAGCUCCCCCUUGCUGUUAACGAGUCUGGUCCCCUGGACCACUCCUCUCCGAAAUGGCAGUGGGACAGACUGUACCUGGAGCAGCCCCCCUCUCCCCUGUGCCUGGGACCCUCCUCUUCACGUCAGAGCAUGUGUAGCAUACGAAGAGCCUCCUCCGUCCAGGACAUGGAAGGGUUCAGCUCCAACUCGAAGAGCACCUUCAGAGACCGGCACGCCAGCGAAGACAACGGUCGCAAUAUCAAAGUGUCCCGUUCCUGGAUGGCAGGGGGUCCAUUCAGCCAUAUAAAGUCCAGUCUCUUGGGUUCCACCUCUGACUCCAACCUGAACAAGUACAGCACCAUCAACAAAAUCCCUCUGAUCGCCCUGAACUUCUCGGAAACGAACAACGACAAGAAGACCGUCUCUCCCCCGUCCUCCGAAAAAACCAUCAUCGCCCCAAAGGUCAAGGACAGAACACACAAUGUCACAGACAAAGUCACACAGGUGCUCUCAUUAGGUGCAGACGUGUUGCCCGAGUACAAACUACAGACCCCACGCAUCGACAAGUGCACCAUACUCCACUACAGCCCCUUCAAGGCCGUGUGGGAUUGGCUCAUCCUCCUGCUGGUCAUCUACACAGCCAUCUUCACGCCCUACUCCGCUGCCUUCCUCCUCAAUGACCGGGAGGAGCAGAAACGGCGCGAGUGCGGCUACUCCUGCAACCCGCUGAACGUGGUGGACCUCAUGGUGGACAUCAUGUUCAUCAUAGACAUCCUGAUCAACUUCCGCACCACCUACGUCAACCUCAACGACGAGGUGGUCAGCCACCCGGGGAAGAUCGCCAUCCACUACUUCAAGGGCUGGUUCCUCAUCGACAUGGUGGCUGCCAUCCCGUUCGACCUGCUCAUUUUUGGAUCUGGGUCAGAGGAAACCACCACGCUGAUUGGACUGUUGAAGACAGCCAGGCUUCUGCGCUUAGUGCGUGUGGCCAGGAAGCUGGACCGCUACUCGGAGUACGGGGCGGCGGUGCUGAUGCUGCUGAUGUGCAUCUUCGCCCUCAUCGCCCACUGGCUGGCCUGCAUCUGGUACGCCAUUGGCAACGUGGAGAAGCCGUACCUGAAGCACAAGAUUGGCUGGCUGGACAACUUGGGCGUGUCCAUUGGGAAGCGCUACAACUACAGUGACCCCAACUCCGGGCCCUCCAUCAAGGACAAAUAUGUCACGGCCCUCUACUUCACCUUCAGCAGUCUCACCAGCGUUGGGUUUGGGAAUGUCUCCCCUAACACCAACUCAGAGAAGGUCUUCUCCAUAUGCGUCAUGUUAAUUGGCUCCCUCAUGUACGCCAGCAUCUUCGGCAAUGUGUCGGCCAUCAUCCAGCGUCUCUACUCUGGCACGGCCAGGUACCACCUGCAGAUGCUUCGCGUCAAGGAAUUCAUCCGCUUCCACCAGAUCCCCAACCCACUGCGCCAGCGGCUGGAGGAGUACUUCCAGCACGCCUGGACCUACACCAACGGCAUCGACAUGAAUAUGGAGGUCCUUAAAGGAUUUCCUGAGUGCCUGCAGGCAGAUAUCUGCCUUCAUCUGAACCAGAACCUGCUGACACACUGCAAAGCCUUCCGGGGCGCCACCAAGGGCUGCCUCCGGGCCCUGGCCAUGCGCUUCAAGAGCACCCACUGCCCGCCUGGUGACACUCUGGUGCACAGCGGCGAUGUCCUCACCGCACUCUACUUCCUGUCCCGGGGCUCCAUUGAGAUUCUGAAGGACGACAUCGUGGUGGCCAUAUUGGGGAAGAACGACAUCUUUGGGGAGAUGAUCCAUCUGUAUGCCAAACCUGGGAAAUCCAACGCUGAUGUCAGAGCCCUGAGUUACUGCGACCUGCACACAGUCCAGCGGGAGGAACUCCUGGAGGUUCUUGACAUGUAUCCUGAGUUUGCUGACCACUUCCUAACUAAUCUGGAGCUCACCUUCAACCUUAGGGAUGAGACUACGAAGACAAAUUAUUCUCAAUCAAGCGAUUCGGAUGUAGAAGACACUAAAUAUAAAAGGAAGAUUUCCUUCAGGCGGAAGUUGUCGCACGGGGGAGAAGACAAGGAGGCGGACCAGCUGAUAUGCUCCUCCUCGAGGCAGGAGGGGGGGAGCAGGAGGGUAUCCACAGCGGAGCCGCUCCCUGUGUGCUCCGGGAUACAGGGUUACCCCUUGGUGCAGGACCACAGUGUAGGACUCGCCGAUGUCCCGGCCAGAGAGUGUACAACAGAGAGAGGUCAGCCGUACAAAGGAGAUUCACACGGUGAUCGCUGGGCCUUCGAGAAGCCAAAGGAGAUUCCAGACGAGUCCGUGAAAUUGCAGGAUGCACAGGGCCUUCACGAGACUGACAGCGAGAUCACCUACGCGGAGGUGGAGCAGCGGCUAGACCUGCUUCAGGAACACCUAAACAGGUAG